AUGCUGAAAAGGAAAGGUAGUGUUGCUCUAGACUAUCUAAGUCGUACCCUGGUAGGCGCAGAUACAAAAGCUCAGACACUAUCUCCUGGAACAUCCCGUUCGGCUCAUAUCGAAAGCAGAUCAGCUCAAGUAUUUAUUCUCGAGCCUUUCUUAAAGGAUGUUAGCUUAUAUAAUAAGCCUUAA